GCACCACUCGGUCACACUCCGCGCGCUGACUACACUGGUCGAGCAUCAACACCAUUUGCAGUCAUCUUGUUCUAAACACUACCUACACAAACACCCUAACACCCUACACCCCAACCUAAUAGACAAAAUGGUCAAGGCUAUCGAGUCCGUCGAGGAGUUCAAGGCGCUUAUCGCCGGCCCCGAGCCCGUCGUUGUCGACUUCUGGGCCACCUGGUGCGGCCCGUGCAAGCUCAUCUCGCCCCACUUCAACAAGCUCGAGGAGAAGUUCCCCGGCGUCAAGUUUGUCAAGGUCGACAUUGAGGAGCAGCCUGAGAUUGCCCAGGAGCAGGGCAUCAAGGCCAUGCCUACUUUCAAGGCCUUCAAGGACGGCGAGGUCAUUGACCAGCUUACCGGUGCCGUUCCGGCCAAGCUCACGGCUCUCGUCGAGAAGACCGCCGCUGUCGCGGCCUAAGCCGGCGUUUGUCUCUACAUGAACCCAUGCAUGUCGUGUGCGCGCCACCUCGGGCCGUUGUGCCCACUUGUGAUAGCGUCGGAAGCACCGAUAUGCACAAAUGUAGUGCGCAGG